CUAUAAAAAAAACCAACCAACUACCUAUGGCUACAUAGUAUUUAUCCUUUUCCACUAACAUCAUAUAAACCAACUCUACAAGGAAACUCCAAAUUCCCUCCCACAAGUUAACCUCCAAACAAUGGAGUUCCCACCACCUUACUCCCUUCCCUGGCAAUACCGUAUCCCUUCUCACCUUCUCUNUCCCUACAAUUUCAUCCCACAAAACUAUGUUCACUGGACAGAAACCCCUGAAUCUCACGUAUUCUCUGCUGACAUCCCCGGUGUGAAGAAAGAAGAGCUGAGAGUAGAGGUUCAGGACUCGAAGUACCUCAUAAUCAGAACUGAAGCAGUGGAUGAAUCCACACAACCUGCAAGGAAGUUUGAGAGGAAGUUUAGGCUGCCGGGUAGGGUUGAUCUUGAUGGCAUCUCUGCUGGGUAUGAAGAUGGAGUUUUAACUGUUACAGUUCCAAGAUCAAUUAGUAGAGGUUUCUACAUUGACCCUGCUGAUGUGUCUGACAAUUUGGAAGUUCUAGCAAGAGCUGCUUGAAUGAACGGUCCUUGUUUUAGGAGCUGCCAUGCAUUUACAUGAUUGUGAUUGAUUUAUGGAAUUAUUUAAUCAAACAUUGGUUAAGGUGCCUUUGCGUGAUUUGGGCUAUGUUCUUAUCUUAGUGAUUCUUGUGUACAACAUGCUUGUAAACUGUGACCCCGUUGUUUUAUAUUAUUUCACAAAUGACAUCCAAGAUUUCAACCCGCA